AGCGCUCUCCCGCUAGAAGGAGCACCGAUCGAAGCGUCCGAAUUUCCGGACCUACCCUCGUAUAUAUUUAUCUAAAUUCGGUUGGAACUAUCGGUGGUAACCUCGUAUGUAAUUCGGAAGUGUUUUUUGGUGAUUUUUUUUUCAUCUUUUUCGAUUAAUUGUGUGACUGAUGGGGAUACAGGAUAAUAAGGAAAAUUGUGAUUGCGGUAGGGCCGAGCGCAAGAAUUGUAGUUUUUCGCCGUUGAAAGGAAAAAUGAAGGUGUUGAAGAAGAUUAAAAGGCGCAUGGGAUUAGCGUCUCGUUCGUCGACCAACGGCGGUACGAACAACCUCCCGCCGUUGCUUUUCCACAACGUGCACGGCGACAACGUGAGAAUAUCCAGAGACGGUACGGUGGCCAAGCGAGUGGAGAGCUUCUGCAAGGGCAUCGCCUUCAGCUCCAGACCCGUCAAAGUUAACGAAAAGGUAUGCAUCAAAUUCCUGGAGAUAUCCAACAACUGGUCGGGCGUGAUCCGCUUCGGCUUCACCUACAACGACCCGACGGGCCUGCGCUACGCCCUGCCCAAAUACGCCUGUCCCGAUUUGACCAACAAACCCGGCUACUGGGCCAAGGCGUUGCCGGAGCGCUUCUGCACCCAGGGCACGGUGCUCUUCUACUACGCCACCUCGUCGGGCGAGGUCCACUUCGGCAUCGACGGCGAGGAGAAGGGCGUCUUCUUCGGCGGCGUCGACGCCCGAGGACCGCUCUGGUGCUUGAUCGACAUCUACGGUAACUCCACCGCUAUAGAGUUUGUGGAUAUUAGACACCAGUUGAAUAACUCGUCGAGGAACGCGCCGGAGCCGGUCGAGCGGAUCGUCUACCCGAUGCAACAGAUGUCGAUACGCGACGAAGAGCCGGGUCUACCGGCGUUGCGCUACCAGCCGACGAUGGCGGGCUACCAGCCGAUGCCGUUGCACCGGACGCGCGGCAGGAACGUGAAAUUCCAGCCGAACAAUCGCAGCGUCGCCUUCAGAACCGACACGGAAUUCUGCCAGGGUUACGUGUUCACCUACCGGCCGCUCUACAUCGGCGAGAGGAUCGUCGUGCAGAUAUUGGGCACCGACGCGAUGUUCCAAGGUUGUUUGAGCUUAGGGUUGACGUCGUGCGAUCCGGCGUUGCUCGAUCAAUCCGAUCUGCCGGACGAUUCGAACUUCCUGCUCGACAGGCCCGAGUACUGGGUGCUCAGCCGGGACUUCGCCAGGAAUCUGAACAAAGGCGACGAAAUCGGUUUUUGUAUAUCGCAAGAGGGCGAGGUGCAGAUCACGCGCAACGGCGGCCCGCCGAUCGUCGUCAUCCACGUGGAUCAAACGCUGAGAUUGUGGGCGUUCUUCGAUAUCUACGGUUCGACGCAGCGCGUGCGCGUACUGAACAGCGCGGCGCCCACGCAGGCGCCGAGGAACUACCAUCAUCAUCAGCAGCAACAGCAGCAGCCGGACAUCCGGUCGAGCGAGUCGAUCAACAGCAUCAACAAUCGAUCGGAGAUGCGCCGGAACGGCGCGCAACAACAACAACAGUCGAACGGGCGGUUGUGUUGCGCCGUGGCGCCGGCGCCCGACGGCGGCGCCGUGUUGUCCGUCAUCCUGCCGCCGAGCCACGCCAACGUGGUGGUGGGGGCGGCGACGGCGGCUGCGGCGGCGGCGCAGCAGAGGGUUCGAGCGAGCGCGCAGGAGGCGGCGCACGAUUACGGCGGGUACGCCGGUCGACAGCAGGAGAUCGUCGCGCCCGUACCCACCGCCGGGAACCAUCCCGCCGGUACUAUGUUGUCGACUUGUAGCAGUAAUUAUAUCGAGCCCAUCUCGGAUUCGAGCACCUACUCGACGCCGCUAUCUUGGAUGGAACAAAACGGCGCCGCGCCCCAACCGCCCGGCGCCGGCGCCGAGUGCACGAUAUGCUACGAGCACCCGAUCGACGCCGUCCUGUACAUGUGCGGCCACAUGUGCAUGUGCUACGAGUGCGCGCUGCAACAGUGGCGCGGCAAAGGGGGCGGCCAUUGCCCGCUGUGCAGGGCCGUCAUCAGGGACGUCAUACGGACGUACAAGUCCUGAGGGAACCGUUUCGAUAUGUAUAAUGUUGGUUAUAUUAAUUGUUACCUGUUGGGUGUGUGUGUGUCGAAGAUCGUAGAUCUACUAACUGUGGACGCGGGUG